UGCGCUUCAUGCGCAGAUGUUCUCAUAGGUUACGCGGAAACGAACGAGUUACAACAGAAAAAUAUUGAUAGAUAGACAACCAAGCAGAUAAAUAAUAAUCAUGCAGAUUUUCGUGAAGACCCUGACAGGCAAGACCAUCACUCUCGAGGUUGAACCCUCGGACUCCAUUGAGAAUGUCAAGGCCAAAAUCCAAGACAAGGAGGGAAUUCCCCCAGAUCAGCAGAGGUUGAUCUUUGCAGGCAAACAGCUUGAAGAUGGUCGUACCCUGUCUGACUACAAUAUCCAGAAAGAGUCUACACUCCAUCUUGUCUUGCGUCUGCGCGGUGGUAUGCAGAUCUUUGUGAAGACACUGACCGGCAAGACCAUCACCCUCGAGGUUGAGCCCUCUGACUCCAUUGAAAAUGUCAAGGCCAAGAUCCAAGACAAGGAGGGAAUUCCCCCAGAUCAGCAGAGGUUGAUCUUUGCAGGUAAACAGUUGGAAGAUGGUCGCACCCUUUCUGACUACAACAUCCAGAAAGAGUCUACCCUUCAUCUUGUCUUGCGUCUGCGUGGUGGUAUGCAGAUCUUCGUGAAGACACUGACCGGCAAGACCAUCACCCUCGAGGUUGAGCCCUCAGACUCCAUUGAGAAUGUCAAGGCCAAAAUCCAAGACAAGGAGGGAAUUCCCCCAGAUCAGCAGAGGUUGAUCUUUGCAGGCAAACAGCUUGAAGAUGGUCGCACCCUGUCUGACUACAACAUCCAAAAAGAGUCCACCCUUCAUCUUGUCUUGCGUCUGCGCGGUGGUAUGCAGAUUUUCGUUAAGACACUGACUGGCAAGACAAUUACCCUCGAGGUUGAGCCCUCUGACUCCAUUGAGAAUGUCAAGGCCAAGAUCCAAGACAAGGAGGGAAUUCCCCCAGAUCAGCAGAGGUUGAUCUUUGCAGGCAAACAGUUGGAAGAUGGUCGCACCCUGUCCGACUACAACAUACAGAAAGAGUCCACUCUCCAUCUAGUCUUGCGUCUGCGUGGUGGUAUGCAGAUCUUCGUGAAGACCCUGACAGGCAAGACCAUCACCCUCGAGGUUGAGCCCUCUGACUCCAUUGAGAAUGUCAAGGCCAAGAUCCAAGACAAGGAGGGAAUUCCCCCAGAUCAGCAGAGGUUGAUCUUUGCAGGCAAACAGUUGGAAGAUGGUCGCACCCUGUCCGACUACAACAUCCAGAAAGAGUCCACCCUUCAUCUUGUGCUUCGUCUUAGAGGAGGUAUGCAGAUUUUCGUUAAGACCCUGACUGGAAAGACCAUCACCCUCGAGGUUGAGCCCUCCGACUCCAUUGAGAAUGUCAAGGCCAAGAUCCAAGACAAGGAGGGAAUUCCUCCAGAUCAGCAGAGGUUGAUCUUUGCAGGCAAACAGUUGGAAGAUGGUCGCACCCUGUCCGACUACAACAUCCAGAAAGAGUCCACCCUUCAUCUUGUCUUGCGUCUGCGUGGUGGUAUGCAGAUUUUCGUUAAGACCCUGACAGGCAAGACCAUCACCCUUGAGGUUGAGCCCUCUGACUCCAUUGAGAAUGUCAAGGCCAAGAUCCAAGACAAGGAGGGAAUUCCCCCAGAUCAGCAGAGGUUGAUCUUUGCAGGCAAACAGUUGGAAGAUGGUCGCACCCUGUCUGACUACAACAUCCAGAAAGAGUCCACCCUUCAUCUUGUGCUUCGUCUUAGAGGAGGUAUGCAGAUUUUCGUGAAGACCCUGACUGGAAAGACCAUCACUCUCGAGGUUGAACCCUCAGACUCCAUUGAGAAUGUCAAGGCCAAGAUCCAAGACAAGGAGGGAAUUCCCCCAGAUCAGCAGAGGUUGAUCUUUGCAGGCAAGCAGCUUGAAGAUGGUCGUACCCUGUCUGACUACAAUAUCCAGAAAGAGUCCACACUCCAUCUUGUGUUACGCCUCCGUGGUGGAUUUUAACUGGAAUAUCUCGCUAUCACAGAACAUUCUUAGUGUUGUUAUAUGCAUGUAAUUCACAGCAGUGCAACCGAACAUUUAUUCGGUUUCUUAUUUUAAACAUAAUUAAUGAAAACUUGAAAAUCUUUUGUCAAAUUGUAUGUGCAAUUUUAAAAUGUCUGUAAUUUUAUUUCUUAAUAAACAUGAAUGUUGUUAAUAAU